GUUCAUGGGGGUCUGUGUGCACCAGGGGCAGCUGCACGCUCUUACGGAGUAUAUGAAUGGGGGCACCCUUGAACAGCUGCUCAGCUCCCCAGAACCCCUAUCCUGGCCAGUCAGGCUCCACCUAGCUCUGGACAUUGCCCAAGGCCUACGGUACCUACAUGCCAAAGGUGUGUUUCACCGAGACCUCACAUCCAAGAACUGUCUGGUCCGAAGGGAAGACCGAGGCUUCACAGCUGUCGUGGGUGACUUUGGACUGGCUGAAAAGAUUCCUGUGUAUAGGGAAGGGGCAAGGAAGGAGCCAUUGGCUGUGGUGGGCUCCCCAUACUGGAUGGCUCCAGAGGUGUUGCGAGGAGAGCUGUAUGAUGAGAAGGCUGACGUCUUCGCCUUUGGGAUUGUUCUCUGUGAACUCAUUGCCCGAGUACCUGCGGACCCUGACUACCUACCCCGUACUGAGGACUUUGGCCUGGAUGUGCCUGCUUUUCAAACCCUGGUGGGAAAGGACUGCCCGCUGCCUUUCCUGCUUCUGGCUAUCCACUGCUGCAGCAUGGAACCCAGCACCCGUGCCCCCUUUACUGAAAUCACCAAGCACCUGGAACAGAUCCUGGAGCAGCUGCCUGAGCCUGCUCCCCUCUCCAAGAUGCUCCUUGCUGAGGCUCCCUUGCCAUACAAUCGGGGGUCUGUUCCAAGAGGAGGUCCCUCUGCCACACUUCCCAGGCCAGACCCCCGGCUCUCCCGCAGCCACUCGGACCUCUUCCUGCCACCUUCACCAGAAUCACCCCCCAGUUGGGGGGACAAUCUAACACGAGUCAACCCUUUCUCUCUACGGGAAGACCUCAGGGGUGGCAAGAUCAAACUCCUGGACACACCCUGCAAGCCGGCCACUCCGCUACCCCUGGUACUGCCGUCGCCACUGACCUCUACCCAGCUGCCCUUGGUGACCACUCCAGAGACCCUGGUCCAGCCUGCCCCGCCUGCCCGCCGCUGCCGCUCUCUACCUUCAUCCCCCGAGCUCCCCCGAAGGAUGGAGACUGCACUGCCAGGUCCUGGCCCUUCUCCCUUGGGCCCCUCAGCUGAAGAAAAGAUGGAGUGUGAGGGCAGCAGCCCUGAGCCAGAACCCCCAGGGCUAGCUCCCCAGCUGCCUCUGGCUGUGGCCACUGACAACUUCAUCAGUACUUGUUCCUCAGCCUCUCAACCCUGGUCUCCCAGAUCAGGACCUCCCCUCAAUAAUAACCCCCCUGCUGUGGUGGUCAGUUCCCCACAAGGAUGGGCUGGGGAGCCCUGGAACCGAGCACAGCAUAGCCUUCCCCGGGCAGCAGCCCUGGAGCGGACAGAACCCUCGCCACCCCCAUCAGCUCCCCGGGAGCCCGAGGAGGGCCUGCCCUGCCCUGGCUGCUGCCUUGGUCCCUUCAGCUUUGGCUUCCUAUCCAUGUGUCCCCGCCCCACCCCAGCUGUUGCCCGAUACCGCAACCUGAACUGUGAGGCGGGCAGUCUUCUCUGCCACCGAGGGCACCAUGCUAAGCCACCCACACCCAGCCUGCAGCUGCCUGGGGCACGCUCUUAGCAAGGCCUGUGACCUCAAGCUUCCAGCCUUGGCCUUCAGGAUAGCCUGUAAGGACAGAGCGCACUUGCUGGACAAAGCCAACCCCAGAUGGGCUGACUGGCUCUUCUCCCCGUCUAGGGGAGCCUCAGCGUGGUCUCAAAGACAGAGCACUUCCUAUCCGACCCCUGGGUUUGCCUUCCCAUGGGGAUCACUGAACUAGACACAGCGUUGCUGACACACAAGACUAACACGUGCAAAUUAUUUAAAAAUAUUUCAAUAAAACUGCCUGGCUGGCUCCGGGCCAUCCAUCCACUCAGCGGUUCGCCCUCCUCCCCUGACCCAUCUCCAGUUUGAGAAGUUCUUAAGGAAGGCCAAAGUCCUCACUCUCUUCCCAGGAAUAGUCCAGUUUCUAGGGCGGCUUUCAAGCAGGCAGCAGGUUGCCAGGCCAGGAUCUUUUAGCUGAGCAUGCCCAAGAGUGAGAGAAUGCUGGAGGAAUUGCAGUCUUCAGAAUUGGCAGACCACAGGUUAAGGAUGUAGGCCACAAGCUCUUGUUAUGUGUCUGGAAAAAUAAAGCAUCAGUGAGCUCCA